CUGCCGAUCGCUGUCUGCCGGGCAGUGGUUUUGCCGCGAAAAGUUGUUGGUGCGUGGGGCGGCUGUGGGCCUUGGAGCGGUGUAACAGGGCGGGGGUGCCUGGUUCUGAGCGUGUGUUCGCCCCGCAGGUGAGAUACGUGCAUCAUGUCGGGCUUCGAUGAUCCCGGUAUUUACUACAGCGACAGCUUUGGGGUGGACGCAUCGGCGGAUGAGGGGCAAGUGCGGAAAUCGCAACUGCAGCGGCGCUUUAAGGAGUUCCUGCGGCAGUACCGCGUGGGGACGGACCGGACCGGCUUCACCUUCAAAUACAGGGAUGAGCUUAAGCGACAUUACAACCUGGGCCAGUACUGGGUGGAGGUGGAGAUGGAGGACCUGGCCAGCUUUGAUGAGGAUCUCGCCGACUAUCUGUACAAACAGCCUGCUGAGCACCUGCAGCUGCUGGAAGAAGCAGCGAAGGAGGUGGCGGAUGAGGUCACUCGUCCUCGUCCUGCUGGGGAAGAAGCCCUCCAAGACAUACAGGUCAUGCUGAGGUCUGAUGCCAACGCGGCCAACAUCCGCAGCCUGAAGUCCGACCAGAUGUCCCACCUGGUGAAGAUCCCUGGCAUUGUCAUUGCGGCGACCCCCAUCAGAGCCAAAGCCACCAAAAUUGCCAUCCAGUGCCGCAGCUGUCGCAACACCAUCAACAACAUCACAGUGCGCCCGGGUCUGGAGGGCUACUCUCUGCCCAGGAAAUGCAACACAGAACAGGCCGGCCGCCCCAGGUGCCCGCUGGAUCCCUAUUUCAUCAUGCCAGACAAGUGCAAGUGUGUUGACUUCCAGAUUCUGAAGCUGCAGGAGUCCCCUGAUGCUGUGCCACAUGGGGAGAUGCCCCGGCAUCUACAGCUCUACUGUGACAGGUACUUGUGUGACAGAGUUGUCCCAGGGAACAGAGUCACCAUCAUGGGCAUCUACUCCAUCAAGAAGUCUGCCCAGAGCAAGAAUAAAAGCCGGGACAAUGUGGGUGUGGGCAUCCGAAGCGCUUACAUCCGUGUGGUGGGCAUUCAGGUGGAUGUGGAGGGUUCAGGACACAGUUUUGCUGGUGCAGUGACCCCUCAGGAAGAGGAGGAACUUCGCCGCCUCACUGCCAUGCCCAACAUCUAUGAGAUGGUUGCCAAGAGCAUCGCGCCUUCCAUCUAUGGCAGCACUGACAUCAAGAAGGCCAUUGCUUGUCUCUUGUUUGGAGGCUCUCGCAAGAGGCUCCCAGAUGGGCUGACCCGCAGAGGAGACAUCAACUUAUUGAUGCUGGGUGACCCUGGGACAGCCAAAUCACAGCUACUGAAGUUUGUAGAGAAGUGUUCUCCCAUCGGGGUAUACACUUCAGGGAAAGGCAGCAGCGCUGCUGGCUUGACAGCCUCAGUCAUCCGCGACCCUUCCUCAAGGAGCUUCUUCAUGGAGGGAGGAGCCAUGGUGCUGGCAGAUGGGGGGGUGGUGUGCAUCGAUGAGUUUGACAAGAUGCGGGAGGAUGACCGUGUGGCCAUCCACGAGGCCAUGGAGCAGCAGACCAUCUCCAUUGCGAAGGCCGGAAUCACAACCACACUGAACUCCCGCUGCUCAGUGCUCGCAGCUGCUAACUCUGUCUUUGGACGCUGGGACGAGACCAAGGGCGAGGACAAUAUUGAUUUUAUGCCUACCAUCCUGUCUCGAUUCGACAUGAUCUUCAUUGUCAAGGAUGAGCACAAUGAGGAACGAGACAUGACGCUGGCCAAGCAUGUGAUGUCCCUGCAUGUGAGUGCCCUGACGCAGACACAGGCUGUGGAAGGUGAAAUUGAGUUGAACAAGCUGAAGAAGCUCAUCUCUUUCUGCCGGACGAAGUGUGGCCCUCGGCUGUCUGUAGCAGCAGCAGAGAAGCUGAAGAACCGCUACAUCCUGAUGCGGAGCGGCAGUCGGCAGCAUGAGCAGGAGAGUGACCGCCGCUCCAGCAUCCCAAUCACUGUCAGACAACUGGAGGCCAUUGUACGCAUUGCCGAGUCCCUCAGCAAGAUGAAGCUGCAACCCUUUGCCACUGAGGCUGAUGUUGAGGAGGCCUUGAGGCUCUUCCAGGUGUCCACGCUUGAUGCAGCCAUGUCGGGCAGCUUGUCAGGGGCAGAAGGCUUCACGACGCAGGAGGACCAAGAGAUGCUGUCCCGUAUUGAGAAGCAACUCAAGCGCCGCUUUGCCAUUGGCUCACAGGUGUCAGAGCACAGCAUCGUGCAGGACUUCAUACGGCAGAAAUACCCUGAACACGCCAUCUACAAGGUGCUGCAGCUGAUGAUGCGCCGUGGGGAGAUCCAGCACCGCAUGCAACGCAAAGUUCUCUACCGCAUCAAGUAACCUCAUGUCCCCUCCCUGGGAGAGGACAGCUGCUCAUCUAUCUGCCUGAUGAGAGCCCAAUGGGGCCACAUCUGAAAGCUUUUCCUUGGGGAGCCAAACCAACCAGGGCCUCUGAAGCCAAGGUCUGAGGCAGCCAGGCUUCCCCUUGGGUGUUCUGUUGCAGUUUUUUUCUUGAAACUCCAAAAGCUUUUAGUCAGUUUCAAAAUAAAAGCUGGUAUUGGUA